UAAUGGUACCACGUUAGAUAAAUUAUUUCUACUCCAUGAGCCAUUUUGUGAGAGGUGGGCAUUUGUAGGAACCCUCAUGGGAAAUUGUUACGUUGUUAUUAAAUGAAGACUUAGGGUGCGCUAAAUUGUUUGGAGUAUUGAUACCAACGUUUUCUCAAUGAUUUUUAAUCAACGGAUCAUGAUAUCAGUUGUUUGUGCUUACAGGAGCAAACGUUGAAGUCAAGGAAAUUCUUAUAACUAACUUUAACUUGCUGAUUUGUAGACGAGUGUGAAGCAGGACUACAUAACUGCCACGAUGAUGCAUACUGCACCAACACCAAGCGUUCCUUCACGUGUACUUGCAAACCAGGAUAUACUGGGGACGGCGUCAACUGUGCAGGUAACAUAAUAUGGAGCUGAAACGAACAAGAUUAUAUCUUAAGUCAUAUGCUAUUUCAUGCCAAAAAUAAUACAGCCAAAUGGAAAGGUAGAAACGUGUUUCCAUAUUCAGUCAGUGGUAUGUCACAGGUUGUAUCUACGAAAAGAGUUUUGGCCUUGGUACGUGUAAGGUUGUGGCCUCUAAUUUUCCCACAGAAAUCAAUAGCAACGGAAAUAAUUUUAACCGCCCCAAAAAAGUAAAUUUAAAGCCAACGCUGCAAUGUACGUAUGUUAAUACAGCGAAAAGGCAACAUUUGUAUUCUUGCUUUCAAAAAAGGGAAUAAUAAUAACUGCUACAACUUAACUGGCAGAGCUCGAACUGUAUCCGCAAUAAAGCUUAGUGCCAGUUAGGCUGGGGAAACAAAAAGUGCGACCAACAUUAUGUCUGGGAGAGGAAACACCAAGCUCAAAGGCUUAGAGACAGAAAAACUUGGGAUCUAUCUUUGACAUAACGAGAUCAUCUUCACUAAUAUACCUAACAAGGCACGAAGGCCAAUAGCCAGCUAGGCUGUUAGAAACGGUUAGGGUGCAGCAUUUAAGGUAAACAGGUGUUUAUUAAGAUUGUGGCUUGGGGUCUGUAGCAUUGCCAAUUUGACUGCGUCAAUCGUUUACUUAUGUCGCCACUUAAGAGCGCUCCUGGGACAGCUGACCUAAGCGUACAUUAAGACUAACUACAUAAGAUAAGGAACAGAUGAAAAACGGCGCUAACCGUAGAAAUAAACAAAAGAGAUGACAAAAUUUAGAAAACUGGCAGAGCUGAGCUACCAACAGAAAUAAAUGCGGUCAGCCAGAGGCCAGAAAAGGAAACCUCCCCAAACUCUACGAAGGGAAAAAAGCGGGCGGGAAAUGUGGAGAGGAACCAUGCCUCAAGCUCAAAGACGUUUCUACAGGACUUUAAAAUUAAAGUUAAUCGAAAAAGACCGCUCCUAAAAUAAACGAAAAAAAUUAGGAAAACCAAAGAAAGGUUGUUUCAGAAGCCGAGAUGGCGCACACGCGAUAUUUAUACGUGGCCUUUUUAUACUCCCGGUAUGGACAACAAGACAAGAACUUUAUUUGUACCUGACACGCAGAAAAAAAGACAUUAACAAACUACUUAUGUAAGGUACAAGCCUCCUAUAGCUAAAAAGAUAAUCUAGCUAGGAGGCAUUAUAGUGGAGCCUCCGCGCGCGAAGCGCCCGCAGCGGAGCACCAUGGGUAAUAACAUUUGGUAAACUACCCAUGCGAGAAAAUUUGGUUAUGACGUAUGGACGACCGUACGGACUUUCCGGGUAGGGGUAAGUACAAACGAAUUCCUCCCCUCUCCCCUUGAGAAAUUUGUCCCUUAUUGUUUCAAAAGCCUUCAGAAAUUAUUGACAAAUCAAAAUCUGUCAACUGACCAAAUGUUUGCUGGAUUUUAGGGGCCGACCAUUUGACUUUUGAGGGGGUUAUGGGUGAUUUCAGAAAAAAAAUGUCCUGCAGGCUGAUUUCGGGAGGAAAAAAAAACAUGCAAAUAAAUUCCUGGGAAAAAACACAUCCUGCACUGAAAAAAAUAUCGCUCAUGACGUAUAACGCUGAAAAAAACUCUUACACCGUUAUCUCUCGGGAAAAAAAAUUUCUAACUCCAUAGAGGUUUGGGAAAAAAUUCUCAAACUAAAUCAGUAAAAUUACCCAUACCCGACUCCCCCGAAAACGUCCAAUGGUCAUGUCAACCAUUAUUUUAGGGGGUGAGGGAAGAAACGGAUUUGACACUGUAGUAAAUGUCAUCCAACAACAAAAUGGCUGGCGCGCGUUCAUCAAGUGGUUGUUUACAAGACUAAAGUUUUGCAUUUCAAGAUUGAAAAUACGCCGAUAAAAAACACAAAUGGAAAGAGAAAGUUCAAAAGAAUGCUCAGUUUCCUGAGGAUUCGCUAUGACAUUGUUUUUCGAGGAAUUCAACCUUGUUUUCUACGGAUCGGAGCGCUUGACUUGUUUUGAACCAACAAGGCAGCGUGGUUUCCCUGAGGACACUUGAGGUACAUUCCGUACUCUAUGAUCAAACAAAACUACGUUUUUAAAGGGGAAUUUUUGUAUUUUAAAGGUUUCAUGGACGGUUUGUACAUUUUGACAUCGGCGUGAAAGAAAAACCACAAAAUAUGCUUUUGAAAUUGAUUUUUUGCCAUGUGCUCGACCAAUUUAACUUGCGUGAACGCGACGAUUUAACUUGUCUUACGCGAAUUGCUUUUUAGACUUUUUUAGAAUUAACUUAUGGGUUUUUUAAUAAAAUUUUUAAGAAAUUAAGUUAUUUAUCUGUCAUUUUUCAUUCAUAACAAAAGUUCAAAAAACGACCAUGAGACUACAGAUCGUGAGAUUUUUAGAAACAUUCAGACGGACCCUUUCUUGAAUUAAAACCGAAGUUUUGUUUGUACAUGUUCCGCAUUGAAUUGCUAUUCAUUUUCUCAUUCAUUACUUGCCAUUCAAGAAUUUUGCAGUGUGUAGAAUUCAAGAAUUUCUGCAGUUUUGCAGUGUGCAGCGCGCUGCUCUUUUUCCAUAAUUUGUGCCCUGAUUACAGCUGAAUACCGUUUGAAUUAAGUUUACUGGGUUUGUUCUCUGUUGUUUGUUUACGGCUUUAUAUUCCCACUGAAACAGUGUGCUUAUCUUAAAAAAUGAAAGAGUUUUCCUCUAUUCUAAAACGGACAAACUCGCCGGCUUUUCGAGCUCGAGUUUGUCUUUUUUUUUAAUGAAAAAAAGUUGUAAGUUUAUAUUUUGUAGUGAAAGAUUGGAUUAUAGUUAGGGACUGUGCAAUAAUUAUCAGGAAGGGGGGGUCCUAAAAUGAGCUUCACCAAAGGAAAAAUUAGAUAGGUCCCCCCCUCACGUUCUCUCAAAAUUAUGAUGUGCCCCCCCCCCCCCCCCCCCCUUCCCCCCAUCUCUAACCCGUACCUUUAUUCACUGUACUACAACGCAUUCCACGGCGUGGUCAGGGAUGAAGAGCACCUCGAAACUUUGUUCUUCAUAAUCGUCAAUUUCCGAAUCGUCUGAUUGUUCAUUAUCUUCUUGGUCUUCGGAACUGCUAGAUUGCUGCUCAUCCGGGUUUUCUUUACCUUGAGCUUCCCCAGCACCUAGAACACAAGCUACGAGUACUGCUUUCCCUCCGCUGACUAGUAAACCGUGUUCCUUUAGGUAGAGUUUCAGUUUACUUGCAGACAGCGAGUUGACUUCAACCUCGUCGGACCAAUUAAUGUCUGGAAGUUUGUUCCUUUCCGUUGCCCGUUUUUUUGCUUUCAUUGCAAGGAAUUUUUGGUGCUCUAUGAAGUGAUGACAACUAUGAAACAGAAGCAUGUGGCAUUCCUCAGCUAGAAACUGUAGACCUAGAAACCCUCUCGCUGUUUAAAACAAGAACAGACCUGGCAUGUCUGCGGGACCUCUUAAAUGCCAAAUGUUUUAUUGGCAAAGCUCACAACGUGGUUUGUGACUUCUGUAAAUGAACGAUUGUUUCAAUCUAUCAUUUGUUGGCAUUCUAAAUAACCCGGGGGGUACUCGAUACAUCCCUUGGUGGGGAGCUGCGUUCCAGCCCCUCAUACCCUGACCCUGUUUAAGACAAAUAUCGUUGAUUUUCCUACCCUGUUUAAGACAGAAUUCCGAUUUUUGAUACCCUGUUUAAGUCAACGAAAGUCAAUAUUAAUUAACAUUAGAGCCUGUAAAAAUUUUGCUGUUUAUCGUCCAAGAAAAGAUAUACUGUGUAAGACAAAAAUUGAUAAAUCGAUACCCUGAUUAAGACAAAAAAUGAUAAAUUCGAUACUCUGUUUAAGACAAAAAUCCCGAAAAACAUACCCUGGCUCGCCGCACGUCCCCAUUAAGCCCUUAUAAGGGAGUACCCCCCCCCCGGGCUAAAUAAGUUAAAGCAUGUGUUUAUGUUGAUGCAAUAUUUAGACAUUAUGGAUAGUCAAAGGAGUGGCAUUUGUCUUAUUUGGAAAAUGUUUAUUUAUUCAUUAUCGAAUUUGUGAAAUUUAAUUAAGACCCCCCCUCAACUUACUUGAGAAAUCUAAUGUAGAGCCCCCCCCACCUCUGGUUUUAGGGGCCCCCCUCCUGAUAAUUAUUGCACAGUCCCUUAGUUAUCCGCAAACGCCGGCUCAGCAGACCGGCACUCUUCCGACUGAGCUAACCAGAUUGCGGAGGUUACAAAACUUGGAACACUGCUACCUUAUGAUAGAAAUGCUGACUAAUCUUGUGAUAGUUUUAGACAAACAUUUUGGGUAAAAAUCCACUGCAAAUCUCGCUGUUCGCUACUACUCUUCCCAGUUUGAAUUUCCCCUAUUCCGUAAAGCUAAAUAGCCCAAAUCCGUGAGGAGAAAGCCUAUAAGUUGGACUAGUAUGUAUAGAAUAAAAGAGAAAGCAAGAAAGCUCCCGAAAACGUUUAUGCUAGUUUUUUUUUUUUUUUUUUUGGAAAAACCGGCACAAAAUUUUCCGACUUGGAAUUUAAUGGUACCACGUUAGAUAAAUUAUUUCUACUCCAUGAGCCAUUUUGUGAGAGGUGGGCAUUUGUAGGAACCCUCAUGGGAAAUUGUUACGUUGUUAUUAAAUGAAGACUUAGGGUGCGCUAAAUUGUUUGGAGUAUUGAUACCAACGUUUUCUCAAUGAAUUUUAAUCAGCAGAUCAUGAUAUCAGUUGUUUGUGCUUAGAGGAGCAAACGUUUAUUAGUCAAGGAAAUUCUUAUAACUAACUUUAACUUGCUGAUUUGUAGACGAGUGUGAAGCAGGACUACAUAACUGCCACGAUGAUGCAUACUGCACCAACACCAAGCGUUCCUUCACGUGUACUUGCAAACCAGGAAAUACUGGGGACGGCGUCAACUGUGCAGGUAACAAAAUAUGGAGCUGAAACGAACAAGAUUAUAUCUUAAGUCAUAUGCUAUUUCAUGCCAAAAAAUAAUACAGCCAAAUGGAAAGGUAGAAACGUGUUUCCAUAUUCAGUCAGUGGUAUGUCACAGGUUGUAUCUACGAAAAGAGUUUUGGCCUUGGUACGUGUAAGGUUGUGGCCUCUAAUUUUCCCACAGAAAUCAAUAGCAACGGAAAUAAUUUUAACCGCCCCAAAAAGUAAAUUUAAAGCCAACGCUGCAAUGUACGUAUGUUAAUACAGCGAAAAGGCAACAUUUGUAUUCUUGCUUUCAAAAAAGGGAAUAAUAAUAACUGCUACAACUUAACUGGCAGAGCUCGAACUGUAUCCGCAAUAAAGCUUAGUGCCAGUUAGGCUGGGGAAACAAAAAGUGCGACCAACAUUAUGUCUGGGAGAGGAAACACCAAGCUCAAAGGCUUAGAGACAGAAAAACUUGGGAUCUAUCUUUGACAUAACGAGAUCAUCUUCACUAAUAUACCUAACAAGGCACGAAGGCCAAUAGCCAGCUAGGCUGUUAGAAACGGUUAGGGUGCAGCAUUUAAGGUAAACAGGUGUUUAUUAAGAUUGUGGCUUGGGGUCUGUAGCAUUGCCAAUUUGACUGCGUCAAUCGUUGACUUAUGUCGCCACUUAAGAGCGCUCCUGGGACAGCUGACCUAAGCGUACAUUAAGACUAACUACAUAAGAUAAGGAACAGAUGAAAAACGGCCCUAACCGUAGAAAUAAACAAAAGAGAUGACAAAAUUUAGAAAACUGGCAGAGCUGAGCUACCAACAGAAAUAAAUGCGGUCAGCCAGAGGCCAGAAAAGGAAACCUCCCAAACUCUACGAAGGAAAAAAAAGCGGGCGGGAAAUGUGGAGAGGAACCAUGCCUCAAGCUCAAAGACGUUUCUACAGGACUUUAAAUUAAAGUUAAUCGAAAAAGACCGCUCCUAAAAUAAACGAAAAAAAUUAAGAAAACCAAAGAAAGGUUGUUUCAGAAGCCGAGAUGGCGCACACGCGAUGUUUAUACGUAGCCUUUUUAUACUCCCGGUAUGGACAACAAGACAAGAACUUUAUUUGUACCUGACACGCAGAAAAAAAGACAUUAACAAACUACUUAUGUAAGGUACAAGCCUCCUAUAGCUAAAAAGAUAAUCUAGCUAGGAGGCAUUAUAGUGGAGCCUCCGCGCGCGAAGCGCCCGCAGCGGAGCACCAUGGGUAAUAACAUUUGGUAAACUACCCAUGCGAGAAAAUUUGGUUAUGACGUAUGGACGACCGUACGGACUUUCCGGGUAGGGGUAAGUACAAACGAAUUCCUCCCCUCUCCCUUGAGAAAUUUGUCCCUUAUUGUUUCAAAAGCCUUCAGAAAUUAUUGACAAAUCAAAAUCUGUCAACUGACCAAAUGUUUGCUGGAUUUUAGGGGCCGACCAUUUGACUUUUGAGGGGUUAUGGGUGAUUUCAGAAAAAAAAAUGUCCUGCAGGCUGAUUUCGGGAGAAAAAAAAAAAACAUGCAAAUAAAUUCCUGGGAAAAAACACAUCCUGCACUGAAAAAAAUAUCGCUCAUGACGUAUAACGCUGAAAAAAACUCUUACACCGUUAUCUCUCGGGAAAAAAAAUUUCUAACUCCAUAGAGGUUUGGGAAAAAAUUCUCAAACUAAAUCAGUAAAAUUACCCAUACCCGACUCCCCCGAAAACGUCCAAUGGUCAUGUCAACCAUUAUUUUAGGGGGUGAGGGAAGAAACGGAUUUGACACUGUAGUAAAUGUCAUCCAACAACAAAAUGGCUGGCGCGCGUUCAUCAAGUGGUUGUUUACAAGACUAAAGUUUUGCAUUUCAAGAUUGAAAAUACGCCGAUAAAAACACAAAUGGAAGAAAGUUCAAAAGAAUGCUCAGUUUCCUGAGGAUUCGCUAUGACAUUGUUUUUCGAGGAAUUCAACCUUGUUUUCUACGGAUCGGAGCGCUUGACUUGUUUUGAACCAACAAGGCAGCGUGGUUUCCCUGAGGACACUUGAGGUACAUUCCGUACUCUAUGAUCAAACAAAACUACGUUUUUAAAGGGGAAUUUUUGUAUUUUAAAGGUUUCAUGGACGGUUUGUACAUUUUGACAUCGGCGUGAAAGAAAAACCACAAAAUAUGCUUUUGAAAUUGAUUUUUUGCCAUGUGCUCGACCAAUUUAACUUGCGUGAACGCGACGAUUUAACUUGUCUUACGCGAAUUGCUUUUUAGACUUUUUAGAAUUAACUUAUGGGUUUUUUAAUAAAAUUUUUAAGAAAUUAAGUUAUUUAUCUGUCAUUUUUCAUUCAUAACAAAAGUUCAAAAAACGACCAUGAGACUACAGAUCGUGAGAUUUUUAGAAACAUUCAGACGGACCCUUUCUUGAAUUAAAACCGAAGUUUUGUUUGUACAUGUUCCGCAUUGAAUUGCUAUUCAUUUUCUCAUUCAUUACUUGCCAUUCAAGAAUUUUGCAGUGUGUAGAAUUCAAGAAUUUCUGCAGUUUUGCAGUGUGCAGCGCGCUGCUCUUUUUCCAUAAUUUGUGCCCUGAUUACAGCUGAAUACCGUUUGAAUUAAGUUUACUGGGUUUGUUCUCUGUUGUUUGUUUACGGCUUUAUAUUCCCACUGAAACAGUGUGCUUAUCUUAAAAAAUGAAAGAGUUUUCCUCUAUUCUAAAACGGACAAACUCGCCGGCUUUUCGAGCUCGAGUUUGUCUUUUUUUUUAAUGAAAAAAAGUUGUAAGUUUAUAUUUUGUAGUGAAAGAUUGGAUUAUAGUUAGGGACUGUGCAAUAAUUAUCAGGAAGGGGGGGUCCUAAAAUGAGCUUCACCAAAGGAAAAAUUAGAUAGGUCCCCCCCUCACGUUCUCUCAAAAUUAUGAUGUGCCCCCCCCCCCCCCUUCCCCCAUCUCUAACCCGUACCUUUAUUCACUGUACUACAACGCAUUCCACGGCGUGGUCAGGGAUGAAGAGCACCUCGAAACUUUGUUCUUCAUAAUCGUCAAUUUCGAAUCGUCUGAUUGUUCAUUAUCUUCUUGGUCUUCGGAACUGCUAGAUUGCUGCUCAUCCGGGUUUUCUUUACCUUGAGCUUCCCCAGCACCUAGAACACAAGCUACGAGUACUGCUUUCCCUCCGCUGACUAGUAAACCGUGUUCCUUUAGGUAGAGUUUCAGUUUACUUGCAGACAGCGAGUUGACUUCAACCUCGUCGGACCAAUUAAUGUCUGGAAGUUUGUUCCUUUCCGUUGCCCGUUUUUUUGCUUUCAUUGCAAGGAAUUUUUGGUGCUCUAUGAAGUGAUGACAACUAUGAAACAGAAGCAUGUGGCAUUCCUCAGCUAGAAACUGUAGACCUAGAAACCCUCUCGCUGUUUAAAACAAGAACAGACCUGGCAUGUCUGCGGGACCUCUUAAAUGCCAAAUGUUUUAUUGGCAAAGCUCACAACGUGGUUUGUGACUUCUGUGCAUGGACGAUUGUUUCAAUCUAUCAUCUGUUGACAUUCUAAAUAAGUUAAAGCAUGUGUUUAUGUUGAUGCAAUAUUUAGACAUUAUGGAUAGUCAAAGGAGUGGCAUCUGUCUAUUUGGAAAAUGUUUAUUUAUUCAUUAUCGAAUUUGUGAAAUUUAAUUAAGACCCCCCCUCAACUUACUUGAGAAAUCUAAUGUAGAGCCCCACCCUCCUUUCUAUUAUUUUAACUUAAGGCCCCCCCCUCUGGUUUUAGGGUCCCCCCUCCUGAUAAUUAUUGCACAGUCCCUUACAGGUAGCGAAAAAGGUUAUCGUUUGCUUUCUAUGCCUGUCCUCAGAGAAAAUAUUAUACACCUUACGGUAAAAUUUUCUUUCAGAUGUUGUGAGGUAUAAAUGUAAAGGCUACACAUAACUGUUCGUCCGGGGUUUAAAAGAAAGAAAAGAAAAGAUAAUGGGCUUACGGGAAGACAAAAGUCCUUAAGUCGGCCUGAUUUUCCUUUUAGGUCUUCCCUUAAACACAGACACACCGACCCUAGAAAUCGUAAUCUGUAAAUUGCUGCUACUAAGAGACCUACAAUAUAACAUUGUUUUCAAUUCAGGUUUGUUUGCGGGAUAUUUUUUCUUAAUCAUUUAGUCCCUCCCUCUAAAGGUGUCUGAUGCCGAAGGCUCUUAGGGAUGUGAAGAUUUCUUUUUUUUGGCUUAGAGUUCAUGUUAUUACUUUAAUUUGAUUGCUUUUAUCAUAAGUAUAGAAACGGAGGCUUCGCUUUUAGCCCUGGCUAAAUCUAUACAUUAGAUUAAUUAAGAAUUUUUAAGAGGUUGUUUCAUCGAGGCACAAGUACAAAACAAUGUAAAAAACAAACGAACAAAUAAACAAAGAAAAGAAAAAAAAACACAUAUGUACAGACUGAAUUCAAUCACUGAAAAAUUGCGGAAGUGGAGAAAAAUAAUAUUGGAAAGAAAGAACUUACUGUGAACUGGUGCCCCUGGUUUAACACCCAGGCCCUGUUGUAUCUCGUGCCGUCAAAAUAGUUGUUUCUUAUUCUUAGCAGGCUCAUUCUUCAUAAAUAACAUAACUUGCAACAUGUAAAACUUUGGAUAAUCAUUUGUCUCUGAUUUUAUCUGGGAUUUUGUUACAAGUGGCAUGAAUUGAAUUAUAGUUCACUGCAACUGCUUUAUUUCCAAAACUGCAGAUUAAGAUAUUCGUGUAAUAUUUCUGCUACUCAAAAGCAUUGCCUCAUUCAAUAGACAUAAGAAUCGAACUGAUUCAGUUUGAUAAUUCAGCAUUAAAUAUUGAUUUUCAGACAUAAACGAGUGUAACACAGGAAAACACAACUGUGACGUCACUAGAAACGUGUGCCAUAACACUAUAGGAUCCUUCGGGUGUGCUUGCAAGGAAGGUUAUAUUGAAGAUGGAGAAGAUAAAUGUAAAGGUAACACUUCAAGAUCCCUUAAUUGA